GGAGGCUUAAAUAGGCUGCUCCGGAGCCCGGACCCAGUGCGGACAGAGGAGCACCGGCUGUGACAACAUUGAGUGCGCGAGCCUGGGUCUGCGAUCCGAGCGCGGGACCUUGUCCUGACCGUGUCUGUGAGCGAGCGAGGGGACGGCGUCCGACGUGAUGACUCUGAACGGCGGCGGCAGCGCAGCGGGUGGGAGCCGCGGCGGGUGCCGGGAGCGCGAGCGCCGUCGGGGCAGCACGCCCUGGGGCCCCGCGCCGCCGCUGCACCGCCGAAGCAUGCCGGUGGACGAGCGCGACCUGCAGGCGGCGCUGGCUCCCAGUGCGCUGGCCACGGCUGGGGCGGGCACCCGGACCCAGGGCCCGAGGCUGGACUGGCCUGAGAGCUCCUCUGACUCGCUCAGCUCAGGGGGCAGUGACUCGGAGGAGAGUGUUUACAAGGUGCUGCUGCUGGGGGCGCCCGGCGUGGGCAAGAGCGCUCUGGCGCGUAUCUUCGGUGGUUUGGAGGACGGGCCUGAAGCAGAGGCCGCAGGGCACACGUAUGAUCGCUCCAUCAUGGUGGAUGGAGAAGAGGCAUCGCUCAUGGUCUAUGACAUUUGGGAGCAGGAUGGGGGCCACUGGCUACCUGGCCACUGCAUGGCCAUGGGGGAUGCAUACGUCAUCGUCUAUUCAGUGACGGACAAGGGCAGCUUCGAGAAGGCCUCAGAGCUGCGGGUCCAGUUGCGGAGGGCGCGGCAGACAGACGACGUGCCCAUCAUCCUAGUGGGCAACAAGAGCGAUCUGGUGCGCUCCCGUGAGGUCUCCUUGGAUGAGGGCCGGGCCUGUGCGGUGGUCUUCGACUGCAAGUUUAUUGAGACCUCAGCUGCACUGCACCACAACGUCCAGGCGCUGUUCGAGGGCGUCGUGCGCCAGAUACGCCUGCGCAGGGACAGCAAAGAGGCCAAUGCACGUCGGCAAGCGGGUACCAGGCGGCGAGAGAGCCUUGGCAAGAAGGCGAAGCGCUUCCUAGGCCGCAUCGUAGCCCGCAACAGCCGCAAGAUGGCCUUCCGUGCCAAGUCCAAGUCUUGCCACGACCUCUCGGUGCUCUAGGCCUCAAGGGCACUCACUGUGUUGUGCAGACCAUUGGACAGAUUGGUGGGCUGGCCCAGCAGACUGCCCUAGGUGCCUCAGGGCUGGCCCAGACUCCGGUGUCCCCCACCUCACGGUCAUGGACAGACAGUGCUGCCCAGGGAGGCGGCUUCCACGGGCCAUCGAGGGCUGGGCCUAGGCCCCGAAGAGGUGCUUGGGCAGGCCCACGUGUGUGCCAAGCAGCAGCCGGGCCCAGCUCCUGGGACAGCUCUGUGUGUGGGGAGAGGACGCUGCCUCUCUCUCCACCUGGUGUGUACGCCCUGCAGGGUGGCUGUUCAGUGCGGUGGCUAUUUGUUUACAGGCAGAUUUUUGUAAUAAAGACUAUUUC